AGCUGCUGCCGGAGACUCAGCCAGCGCGACCUUGCAGUGCAAGGAGCGGGGGCACCCGUGGAUGUGCCCAGGCCCGGGGGGUGCUGCAGAUGGCAUCAAAUGAUGACUUUGGCUCAUAUUAUCCCGGCAAUCCUCAACCUGGGGACCUGAUUGAAGUAUUUCGUCCAGGUUACCAGCACUGGACUUUAUAUCUAGGUGAUGGCUAUGUCAUCAACAUGGCCCCAACAGAGGACAGCUCCCCCGUUCCGUUCACAAGCGCUAAGUCCGUAUUCAGCAAAAAGGCCCUGGUGCGAAUGCAGCUCUUGAAGGACGUCGUGGGGAACGACAGUUACAGGAUUAAUAACAAAUAUGAUGACGUGUACCCGCCCCUGCCGCUCGAUGAAAUCAUCCGCCUGUCGGAAUUCCUCAUUGGCCAGGAGGUGUCCUAUGACCUGCUGGUCAACAACUGCGAGCACUUCGUGACUCUGCUCCGAUACGGAGAAGGGAUUUCGGAGCAGGCCAACCGAGCGAUUGGUGCUAUCGGGAUUGUAACCGCUGCCGCCGGCGCCUUCUCUCUCCUUGGCUUGUUUCCAAGCAAACAAAGGCAAAAACACUAUUAAUUUAUUGGAGAAAUCUUAGAACUGUUGCAAUUGUGAGAAAGUAGCCAGCCAUGGGAUAAAUUAAAUCUCCCUUUCCCUGAGUCAUUGGAUGCCCCCAAACAUGGGCUCAGUGACACCCUGGCUGUGCCCAUCUCCCUUGCCCAGUUUCCAUGUUGCUGAGUGCUUUGGGUGCCCUGUACUGAUGUGUUGUGGGUCUGUGGCAACCAGAGCAACAUUUGGGGUUUAAUCAUAAGAGACUAUUUUCUUUUCCCAAA